AGGUAUAGCUACAUUCCUGUGUACGGCGAUGACCGAUGAUAAGAAGCGAGAGGGGUCUCACGACGAUGAUGAUCAGCCGUUGUCUAAAAGAGCAAAAAUGGACUCAAAGGACAACGAGAACGAUAGCGAUGUAGAAGUGAAGACCGAGGCCAGGAGCGAAUCUGGAGGUCACAACAAUAAGGACAGCGAUACAAGUAAAAAGGACGGUGAUGAUCAGGACAAGGGUGAUGAUGAAGGAGAAGAAGAACACGAUGAGGACGAGGACGAGGAUGAAGAAGAGCGCAGAAGAACUACCACAUUCCAGUUUGAUGGUCAAGAGUACACUUUCAAAGAGAGACCUUCUGUAUUGGAGGAGCGUGACGGAAAGAUCGAGUUCAGAGUUGUUAAUAACGACAAUUCCAAAGAGAACCUUAUGGUUCUCACUGGUCUGAAGAACAUUUUCCAGAAACAACUACCGAAGAUGCCCCGGGAAUACAUUGCAAGAUUGGUGUACGACAGAAGCCAUUUGUCCAUGGCUGUUGUGCGAAAGCCAUUAACGGUGGUUGGUGGUAUCACAUACAGACCUUUCAAUAGCAGAGGAUUCGCUGAGAUUGUUUUCUGUGCUAUUAGUUCUACCGAACAGGUGAGAGGUUAUGGUGCACAUCUUAUGAACCAUUUGAAAGAUUACGUUCGAGCUACAUCUCCAAUAAAGUACUUUUUGACCUACGCAGAUAACUAUGCCAUUGGUUAUUUCAAGAAGCAAGGUUUCUCCAAGGAGAUUACACUUGAUAAGCAUAUAUGGAUGGGUUAUAUUAAGGAUUACGAAGGAGGAACACUGAUGCAAUGUUCCAUGUUACCGAGAAUACGGUACUUGGACAGUGCAAAGAUUCUUCUUUUACAAAAGGCUGCUAUUCAGAGAAAGAUACGGGAAAUUUCGAAAUCACACGUCAUUAGACCUGGUAUAAAGCAGUUUAGAGAUCUGAAGAACAUCAAGCCAGUCGAUCCUAUGGAAAUUCCCGGCUUAAAAGAAGCUGGGUGGACUCCGGAGAUGGAUGAACUCGCACAGAGACCAAGAAGAUCACCACACCAUGCUUACAUGCAACACCUACUGACAGAGAUGGUUAACAACCCGGCUUCGUGGCCGUUUGCUCAGCCUGUUAGUAGGGAAGAGGUUCCUGAUUAUUAUGAGGUGAUCAAAGAGCCUAUGGACUUGAGUACGAUGGAACAAAAACUCGAAGCCGACAAGUACUCGACGAUGGAUGAAUUCGUAUACGAUGCUAAACUCGUAUUCAAUAACUGUAGAAGUUAUAACGGAGAGAGCACAACGUAUUACAAGAAUGCAAAUAAGCUGGAGAAGUUUUUCAACGCAAAGGUAAGGGAAGUUCCAGAGUAUUCCCAUUUAGUUGAUUAG